AUGAAAUAAAACGAAAGUAGAUAAAGUGACUCUACACCUGGAAAUACCCACAUUACUUAACAGCAAUGGAUUCCCCUAGUAUAUCACCCCAAAUUGAAACAGGUAUACAGCACAUGUCAGAGUCCGUGUUUGUGGGACUGUGUCAUACAUUGGGGACCUCACAACAGGUGGCAAUCCGGAGAGAUGUGGUAGACAUUGAGGAGAUAGUGAGAAAUAAAGUAAGAACAAGUAACCAGAACAUGAUGAUGGCGAGUGGAAGUCACAGAGAAGGAUUCAGAAUGAAGGGAUCUGAUGUGGAUUACAUGCAUUGGUUUAACAACCAACCAGUGAUCUGGGACUUAUCUCAGACCCAGUUUUACAAUGUACACAGACAAUCCCUGAUUCUCUCUGUCUCAUCUGAAAGUCCACCCGGAUUUACUUUACUUCAAUUACUGACACCAAGGGCAAACAACAGAGUUAUCUCAGCAUUAGUCACAAUGAAUGGUAGACGUUAUAUAUCUAGUUCUAAAUACAGAGAGAUCACAUGUUCUGAUAUAAACCCCAACUCUACAGUACACGGUCCUUGUGGCAGUGGAACUAGAGAUGGAAUAGAAUAUGACGAUGCCCACUGUUUUGUGUGUGACUUUUGGCCUCCGUCUGCCUCCUCAUGGAUAGACAGAUGUCACACAUGGCCCCAGCCACAGGUUGUUAGGGACAUAGUCAGAAGUGGAUGUCACUUUGUAGCAAUUGGACACAAAUUAGGAAAUCAUGAAAGCAAUGAAUGGAGAAUUUCAUUUUCUCUGUCAGAACAAAAACUUGUGUACUCUAUGAACCACUGUCAAUUCUUGACUUAUGGUUUGCUGAAAUUGUUCUUAAAAGAAGUCAUUAACUAUGGAUUAAAUAAGGCUGAGAAACUGCUGUGUUCCUAUCAUAUGAAGACAGCAGUUUUCUGGAUGAUUCAACAAAACACAAUACCUAACUGGUGUCCACAGAAUCUCCUGAAAUGUUUCUGGUACUGCUUUAAACUCAUCCUUAAAUGGGUGUAUGAGGGAGUCUGUCCUAACUUUUUCAUUCCAGAAAACAACAUGUUUCUCAGUAAUAUUCAUGGUGAAGCACAAAGCAGAUUAUUCCUUAGACUGUUUGGUUUUUAUGAAAAAGGUUUAGCAUCCCUUCUACACAGUCCCUCCCUCAGGUCCUAUAUUAUAAAUGUGCUUUAUAACCCCAGACUCAGUAUUUGUACUGAUGAAUACACUCUGGUAUCUGAGACCGAGUUAGAUAAAGAAAUGUUCAUUGAGAUAUUCCAAAGAAAUUCAAUACCCUCAUCAGACUUCUACCUCACUAUGAAGUACUUAAACACAGUAGAUCAGUUGACAGUCUCACCCCUGACACAAUAUCAAGUUCUAAUGUUACAGGUACUUACAGCCGCCAUCCUUCACGAUGCUGCUUUUAGAUUACAAAACAUGUACAGCAACACCACUGAAAACAAGCUGAUGUAUAUUGUUGACAGAAUGUCCUGUCACAUGUUGAAACUCACAGCCAAGUUUGGGUGUAUUUCUGACCGGUUGUACAUUGCAAUGUAUUAUUACAAGACACUCAGAUACACAGAAGCUUUGUCUGUGAUAGAGAUGACAAAGGUCAACUUAUCUCAGCCAUAUGUGAUGCAUAACUGGACAGUAGACACAGAGAGGUAUACCGAGACUGUAGGGGGACAGUCCUGGUCUACAAAGUUAAGACAUGCUGUAGCAUGGAAUAUCACAUUAAACAACAGAAUCAUUUAUAUCAAUGAAUUAAUGGCAGAGCAGAUGGUUUCCUUACAGAACCUUGAAAAUGUAUUGUUGAUCCCACCCCUAGUUGUGUUGCACAUGCUGGAGUUCUUGUGUUACAGACAUAUUGACACAAUGGGAGCACAAACAGCUCUUAAUGAUCUACAGGUCCUAAUUCACCAUGAUCAGGGGGUGUAUGUAGGUGUGUACUCAAGAGACAUAUCAUGGCAGAUCCUGGGUAUCUGUCAACAGAUCUCAGGGAACCUCCAGGCUGCUCUAUAUUCCUACCAACAAUCACUCGGACAAUAUCCACACCAUAAAAUACAAAGUGCUACACUAAUGAGAAUACAUGAACUCGGAUAAAUAUAGUAUUGUACAUCUAAAUAGUUCAUGCUACUUUAACUAAUGAAUUAUUCAUUGCCAACAACACUUCAUCAUUCUGCUCAUAUUUACUGGACGCAUUGAAAUGUAUAACAUAUACAACUAUAUUUGAAAACAUAUGUUCAUAUAUUUCUAGGCUGGAAUUUAGAUGUUAUGGUUCUUGAUUUUGUGCGGUGGUCAAUUUAGUGCAACAUUUUGUGUGUGCUAGAAGAUUGAAAUUCCAUUACAUCUUUUGUUCAUUAAUUAUCUACUAAUGUACUAUAGUUACAAAUUCCUAAUUUACAGCAUAAACAAAAUUUAUAAGCAUAUUAAUUUCUGUCUUUUUACAAAACAUGAUAGCACAGUUGGCAAAUCCAAUAGACUGUAAGAAUGCGUAAGGUAGAUCAGGUAAAUGUGUUGGCACAACAUGAAUGCCCCCGCCUGCAGUGAAUUCAAACGUAGAAAAUUCAUAUAAGCGUAUACCUGUAGCAUUGAAUGUGGUAUGUAGAACAAUAAAGCAGAACAAAACUCCAAUCCAAUCUGUAGUUCAUCAAUAUACACCUACUUAUAUAAAUCAGUUCAAUAUCUCAAGUUGAUUAGAAAAGUCCGCAAUACUGGUCGUAAUAGUAGUUUUUCUAAGAUAAGGGGGCACAACUCCAUCAAAAAUCAACAAACCACAACAAAAUCUCAAUCUGUAACUCACCAAUAUUCAUGUGUAUACAAUAAAUUAGUUCAAUAUUUCAAGGUGUCAGAAAAAAAGUCCGGAAAACUGUACAUAACAGUAAUUUCUCUACGUUAAAGGGGCACAACUCCAUCAAAAAUAUAUGAAAUGGAACAAAUGGAAGGACGGAAAAGGGCAAAACUAUAUCCCUUGACCACUUUGUGGCAGGGGCAUGAAAAAAUAAACCUCUUCACUUUUUUCAUUUGAUGGCAAUCGAGUAAUAAGUUAUGUAUGAUGACAUAAAAUAAAUAUAAAGUAGGAGUAUCAAAUCAUCUGAGAAGAUUUUCUGACUUAAAAGUAGAGGUAGGGUAUCUAAAAUGACCUCCAGAAAGGGACGGGUGUCAUAUUUAAAGUUGAUGAUAAACAAACCUUCCAUGUAAUUAGUUACAUUUGCCAAUUAAGGAGGUAUACUAUAUCAUCAUAAUGGCUGACUUCCUUUUCUAAAAAUAUAGAUAUCAGAAUUGUGCAGAUAACCUUUUUACUAAAACUGCAUUUUUUUGACUAUAUAAAGUAAGUUUGAAAGUUUCAAUUUAGAAAUGUUAUUGUACAUAUCUCCUACUUUUCAUCCACAUCAAAUUUCUCUGGUGUGUUCUUUCUACUUAAUUAAGAUUGUUUUCUCCUAGUUUAAAAAAUCUUGGCAGAUUAUAAUUUUGUUUCACUGGAGACAAAAGAUAGUCAUCACCAUAUUAUAUAUAAUUGCAUGUAUUAAAGUUUCCCAAACCAGUAUUCAGUUGUUAUACAUGUAUAAGUCAUUUCAUUUUAUGCUUUAAUCAUUUUAAUCAUCUGCAGUGCAUCGUUAUAUAUAAAUCUAAUGAAUCAGUUUAGAUGUUCACAUUUGUAUGGCCAUAUGUUGCGCUAGAAUACAUAUGUUUAAAACUCUUUCGUACACAACAUGACCACUUUUUGUAACACAAUCAACUUAAAUUAUUCAAUAUUUUUGAAAUGAGAACUCCUAUAUUUGCUUUAUAUGCAUAUGUAUGCUUUAUGUAUUGUGAUUAUGCAGAUCCCAGUUUUUGUAGUGUAAAUAUUCCCCAAUCAUUUCUAUCAACUUUUACUUGUAGUAGGCAAGUUGAUAUUGGUUACAAUUGUGGAAAGUGCUAAGUACAUGCUCGAAUUUGUUACUGCUCUAAAGAGCAAAAGUAGAUUUCCAAGGGUAAAUUACCCUAAAAUUACAAUUGAAAUUCUUGAGAGUGACCCCCCAAAAAUCUAAUUAGAAGUGAAAAUGUCUUGGAAGUUGAUAUCAAAAAUUGACAAUUGAAAGUUUCAAAUGCAUGUAAAUAGAUGUGAACUAUAAAAAAUAGAAAAGCACUCCAUAUAUAUAUUGAGUUGAAAACAUGCAUGGGUUACAAGUAAUAGAUUAGAUAUGUUGUUACAUGUAUAUGUUACGCUAGAUAUUUUAUAUAUGCCUUAAUUAUUAGCUAGGUCAUUGGUCCAUAUAAUUAUGAAAUCCAAAAUAUAAGAUUAGAUUCUCACAUCUAAAGUUUGUUAUAAUUCAUGCUUUCAAUCAAUACUUUAGAUAAAUAGACAAUCAUUAUAUACUGUAAUUAUAGAUCUCUCUUUGUACUGAAUAUUUCCCUCAAUUAUUUCAAUCAAACUUACAUGUACAGGAAAUUCGUACUGGUUAAGGGACAAUAGUCAAUUAAUAUGGGAAAACAACUAUAUACAUUCAGGAACAAAAUUUAUUUGUGGUAUAUAACUAUCUAUUUUGUAUUGCUUAUGGGAUUUAUGAGAUUGAUCAUUGUUCGUUAUCUUCACCUUUCAUGAUCUAAAUAAAAACUGGUCCUCUC